CAUAUUUUUGCAAUGAAUCGAUUUUUUCCGAAUGCCGGUUUUAAUUUUAAUUUUUCUCAAAGUUUUAAUGAAAUGUAAAAAUAAAUAAAAUAUUAUCGUAUCUAAACAUUGGAAAAAUGUCGUUUGCAGUUCUGUGCUCAUUUGUCUUAGCAUUUUACGUUGUAAUCUGGUUUUUCGACUCAUUUUUCAAGAGUUGUAUGCACUACCCGUAUUACGCCUUUUUGGAAGGAACGGGAUUAAAAGUCGGAGUUUUCAAUUUCACGUGGAAAACGACUGCAUUCAAUAGAUUUAUAUACAGAUGGAGUAAAAACUUAACUCGCGUUUUGCGAAAAUGGUUCAACUUCGGUUUUGUAUUUGCCAUCACACUGUUUUUACCAUUUGCUAUAUGGACUUUGUUAAGUUUCAUUUUUGAGCAUUUCCAUGAGUCCAUACAGAUAAACAGUGUGCCGGAAGUGAAGGCGAUGCUACCUGGUGUCAACAUACCUGCUUCAGAUUUCUGGGUUUACUUCAUGGCUAUAGGUUUCAGCUCUAUUUUCCAUGAGCUUGGUCAUGCUGCAGCCGCUGCACAAGAAGACGUACAACUCCUUGCAGUUGGUGUUUAUGUCUUUGCUAUAAUACCUAUAGCAUUUGUAGAGCUUAACACUGAACAUUUAAACAGUCUCAGUAUAACAAAAAGACUAAAAAUAUACUGUGCUGGAGUAUGGCAUAAUGUAGCACUUGCAUUUUUAGCCAUGCUGCUGUUCUUCUCAGCACCAAUCCUAUUUAGCAUAGCAUACAAAACUGAUAUAGGAGUUAGAAUAACAGGGUUCACUAGUGAUUCUCCAUUAAAAAAAGCUAGAGGACUUGAGGACGGUGAUGUGAUAUUAUCUAUUAAUGAUUGCCCAAUAAAGAAUGCCAAGGACUGGUCAUAUUGUCUACAUGUUGCUCACGAUCGGUAUGGUAUAUGCACAAGCGCAGAAUAUAUUGCACAAAAUGAUGAAAUAAUGAUGGAAACAAUCAAAGAAAAUGAUGUAGUCGAAUGCUGUAGAAAGGAUGAUUUAUUCAGUUUCUGUUUUGAAUACAUGGAACCUAAGUCUGCAGUGGACACAGUGUUAGCAGGCCAAUAUUCUUGCUUAAAACCCAGAGACAUGGUCAAAAAUAAGCUUAUCAAAUGCACUGAAGCAAACGGGCAUACGUGCCCACGAAACAUGCACUGUUUAAAACCAUCAUUAAACAAUCAGACAUAUCUUUUGAUCAUUGAAAGGGAAGACAAUAAUGCAGUUUUAUAUUUAGGAUUACCAUAUGAUUUGCACAAAACAGUUUUUGUGGAUCAGUACUUCCCCAGAAGUGCCAUUAUUUCAUUCUUUUCACCAAUGCAGUUUGAAAAGCUUUUACGUUAUAUUUUUAUAUUUUCUUUAGGUAUAGGAUUUUUAAAUGUUCUACCCUGUUAUGGUACUGACGGGCAUCAUAUAGCUAGAAAUAUGAUACAGUGGUUAGCAUUAUAUUUGAAUAAAAAUGGGGACUUCAUAACAUUCUUCACUGUGUUUACUGUGGUUGUAGGCACAGGUAUAACUGUGCCAAUAUUAUUGUAUUUGUUUUAUAAAACAAUAUUUGUAGAUAAUUAUUAUUAGAACAAAAUAAAAUUUUAUUGUGUACUUCAUAGAUCUAUUGUAGAACAGAAAGUAAUAUAGGCUCUGUGUAGAAACUUAGCAUUUUAAAUGUGUCAUGAACAUGAUCUUGAUGAUUUUAUUUCAAACUAGACUAUGCCUAUCCAAUUUGUCAGCGUGGAUUAAGAUCUUUUUUUUAAUCUCUGAUUUUCUGGGAUAAAAAGUUAUGUAAAUUACCAGGAUUCAAGCUACCUCUGUACCAAAUUUCAUCA